AUGUCCAGUGUACUACAGGAAACUUUUAUACAAUCACUACCAUCGAAAAUAUAUUAUAGAAAAAAAUUUGAGUCAAAUGACAAUUACUGCUUACAUUUUGAAGAUGAAAAAAAAUUUCUAGACAAAAAAACUGAGAUAUAUAAUAAUGGAAAAAUUAAAAGUAUUGCAGAUAAGCUUAUGAGGCCUUUGUGUUAUGUGGCAUUUAAUAAUGAAGGAGAUGAAUGUAAUAAGCAAUGUCAUUAUUUGUACUAUUGGUUAGGAAAUGAAUUAUUUAAUAAAUUAGAGGAAGAUUCAUUUUCAGAAGUUAUUGGAAUACUUGAGGAUGUUUCAAAUGUUCUCUCUGGGGGUGUUAAAUGCAAAUGUAAAUUUUUUAAAAAUAUUAAAAAGGAAAACUUUGAAAAAAUGAAGAUUGUGCAUGAUUAUUGUAAAGAUCACGAGAGCAUUAAGAAUACUCUUGAAGGACAUAUUAAUAAGUGUACUAAAGAAGUUAAUAAUUAUCUUGUUAAAGCUAAUAGUGCUUAUAAUGAAAUAUAUAAUUAUACAGAAAAUAAUUCUGAAACGUAUUGUUCUGUACUUAAAGAGCAUGAUCCUAGUUGCUUUAAAACAAAGUUAUCUCAUUUGAAUUGUGAAAUAGAGCAAGUGUCCGCAGAAAACCCAGGUAUAAGUCAAUAUAACACUACUAUUUUGGAUCCACAAUUUGUAAUUAAUGUAUCUGCCUUUAGUUCAUCGCAAAUUUUUCUGUUCUUUGUUCUACCCUUUAUCGGUAUUUUCUUCAUUGGCUUCCUACUAUAUAAAUUUACUCCAAUUGUAUCAUGGAUAUAUACUAAAGUAUUAAAGAAAAAAUCAAUUAGACGUAAUUUGGAUGAAAUGGAUAUACUGGAAUUAACAGAAUACACUAAUGAACAAAGAAAAUCAAAUUUAGGUAGAAAACAACUAAAUGUAGCAUAUCAUGCCGCAUGA